UGGUUGUAGCUGUCAAACCCAGGCUACGGUUUUAGAUAACCGAUGUCCUCAGUCGCCGCCCAGCAUCGCCCCGAGCGAGUUUUACUCAGCCACAAAGCAAGAAAGCCUGGCCAACGAUGGCGUUCAGGAAGGCUCUGAAACGGACAGCGAUCAUAGGUGGCGGGGCGGUGGCUACGGCUUUUGGCCUGUCACAGCUGAUCGAGUACAAGAAGACACAGACUGGAUUGGCUCGGUUAGCUCAUGUGGCUGCAGAAGCUGAGCUGAGGGUUCCCUACGCCGACGAGUUUCCCUCUCGGCAGGCACAGCUCGCCGCACUGCAGAACACUGAGGAGUUUGACGUUCUGAUCGUAGGAGGAGGAGCCACGGGGGCAGGAUGUGCCUUAGACGCUGUCACACGCAACCUCAAGACUGCUCUCGUGGAGAGAAGCGACUUCUCCUCGGGGACGAGCAGCCGGAGUACAAAGCUAAUUCACGGUGGAGUCCGCUAUCUCCAGAAGGCCAUCAUGAAGUUAGACUACGAACAGUACAUGAUGGUGAAAGAGGCCCUGCAUGAGCGAGCCAACCUCCUGGAGAUCGCUCCCCACCUGUCUGCACCACUGCCAAUCAUGCUUCCUGUUUACAAAUGGUGGCAGUUGCCUUACUAUUGGGCAGGGAUCAAAAUGUACGACCUGGUGGCUGGGAUCCAGUGUCUGAAGAGCAGCUACGUCCUCAGUAAGACCAAAGCCUUGGAGCUGUUUCCCAUGCUCAAGAAGGACAAGCUGGUGGGAGCCAUCGUCUACUAUGAUGGGCAGCACAACGACGCCCGGAUGAACCUCGCCAUCGCCCUCUCCUCCGCACGCUACGGCGCUGCUGUUGCCAACUACACGGAGGUGGUCCACCUGCUGAAGAAAAAGGACCCUGAGACCGGCCAGGAGAAGGUGUGUGGAGCCCGCUGCAGGGACGUCAUCACAGGGAAUGAAUUUGAUGUGAAGGCAAAGUGUGUGAUCAAUGCCACCGGCCCGUUCACCGACUCUCUGAGGAAAAUGGACAACCAGGAGACUGCAAACAUCUGCCAACCGAGCGCAGGUGUUCACAUUGUCAUCCCUGGUUACUACAGCCCAGACAACAUGGGUCUCCUCGAUCCAGCCACAAGCGACGGGCGCGUCAUCUUCUUCCUGCCAUGGGAGAAGAUGACCAUCGCCGGGACCACAGACACGCCAACCAACGUGACGGCCCACCCAAUCCCGGGAGAGGACGACAUCAACUUCAUCCUGAGGGAGGUCCGCAACUACCUCAGCCCUGACGUAGAAGUACGUAGAGGAGACGUGUUGGCAGCGUGGAGCGGCAUCAGACCCCUUGUGACGGACCCAGACUCCAAAGACACUCAGUCCAUCUGCAGAAACCACAUCGUGAGCAUCAGUGACAGCGGACUGGUCACUAUCGCUGGUGGAAAGUGGACCACCUACAGGUCAAUGGCUGAGGAGACUCUGGACGCAGCCAUCAAAUCUCACAGCCUCUCAGCGGAGCCCUGUAAGACUGUGGGUCUGAUGCUGGAGGGAGCAAAGGGCUGGACGCCAACACUCUACAUCCGCCUGGUGCAGGAUUACGGGCUGGAGCAAGAGGUUGCUCAGCAUCUGGCCUCAACGUAUGGAGCGAAAGCAUUCGACGUGGCCAAGAUGGCUCAGGUCACCGGGCAAAGAUGGCCGAUCGUUGGGAAAAGAUUGGUGUCAGAGUUCCCUUACAUCGAGAGCGAGGUACUGUAUGCGAUGAAGGAGUACGCCUGCACAGCCAUCGAUGUGAUCGCCAGACGAACACGUUUGGGCUUCCUGAACGUGCAGGCGGCCGACGAAGCCCUGCCUCGCAUCGUGCAGAUCAUGGGGAAAGAGCUGGGCUGGAGUGAGGAGAAGAAGACAGCAGAGCUCGAAGCAGCAAAGAAGUUUCUGUACCACGAGAUGGGCUACAGGUCUCGUUCUGAGCAGCUGACCAAGACGACUGAUAUCAACCUGGACUACCAGGAAGUAGUCAGGUACAAGAAGCGUUUCCAUAAGUUUGACAAAGAAAGCAAAGGAUUCAUCACCACUGUGGACGUGCAGCAGGUCCUGGAUAGCAUCAACGUGCAGAUUGAUGAAAAUGCCCUCCAUGAGAUCCUGAAUGAGGUGGACCUGAACAAGAACGGACAGGUGGAGAUUGAUGAAUUCCUGCAGCUGAUGAGCGCCGUGAAGAAGGGGCUUCUGUCUGACAGCCGUCUGGCCAUCCUGAUGAAGGCGGCGGAGGAGACUCUGGAUAAGAGAGGGCCGGUGAGCGUGGACCGAAGCGGGGGCGGAGUCUAAAACAGACAAGGAUGAAAUCUGCUCCUCUAAAAGGUGGAGAUAGCGAAUGCAAAUACGCUAUUUGAAUGACAAUAAUGCAAUCAGGCACACGGGGAGAAGAAUUUGGUCAAAUCAACAUCUCUCCUGAGGUGUUUUUGGGUGAAAUCGUAUCUAAUGGUCGAGGCGGAGGUUUUUAUUUCUCAUUAAGUCAGAGUUUGUCCCAACAUCAGGUGCCUCUGAUUUGACACAGCACACGGUUUUCUACUGUCUUUGAAACAAACUUUGAUAUUUGAAUCAUUACAUUCUCUCUCUCUCUAGUUUCUGCAACACUCCUUUUGAACACGACUGUGAUUGUUGAGGAAACACUUUCCUCUCCGUGAUGCAGCUUCAAGCUUUUAAUCAUGCUUUAUUUUAUGGGUCCUUUACUUCUUAAUAAUCCUGUCAAAGUUUCCGAGAACAAAAUAUAACAUAGAUCCUUUUAUAGAGAGAAUCAGAGUCGUGUUUCCAUGACAUAGAGAGGCCUUUUUUUUCCACUUCCCAGUAAUCACUGAUCUAAGAUUUGUACCAAUAAAUGUAACUAUAAAGUUUUUAUACACGUUUCCUGCGACAGUCUCAGUCAGUGCAUGUUUACGGUGUUAAGAGCGUCUCUAUGAACGACGUUUGGUACUUUUCAAAGUAUCAUUAAGAAACAAACUAAAUGAUUUAAACUUGAUGCCAACAAAACUUGAUUUUCGGAUUGAGCAGGAAAGUAAAGCACAACUAGAAAUCGAGCUACUGUCUUAGAUAAGCACUCCGGCAGACUGACCUUCUCUUUUAGACCUCCUGUAUUUAUUGUGCAGCGUAUACAUUCAUUUAAAAGACAAAGGAUUUGAUAUGGAGACUAGAAGAACAUCCAGAAUGUUUAGACAGAAAUCAUCAUCAAACAUCAUCAAAGGUUUAAAAUCUUCUGCAAGUAUUAAUUGAUUGUUUUAUCAGUUAAAUUAAAUUGUGCAAAGAUGUAGUAAGACAUUAUUUCUGUAAAGAAAGAACACAUAAUUAGUUUUUUCUCAGUAUCAGAUUCAUAAAUCUGUCCAGGAGACUAAACCUAAAGGACUAACGAACCCUAAAAUAAAGCAUAAACGAGCAUUUAAAUGUGUUUUUCUGAUCUUCGCAUGUUACAAGCACUCGUCAGGUAAUAGUGAGUCGUUCUUCAAGCACUCUGAGAUGUUUCUGAGGUCUGCUGUUAACCCAGAAAACUUUUCUGUUUGGGGUGGAAAGAAUCUGAACUGGGAGGAUGAUCUUGUUUUCUGACUGUGUUUUCCAUCUAUUGCACUAAAAAUCUAACCACUACUGACACUGAGGUUUACACGAUGAGGUUUCCAGCUUUAGCGUUACCGAGGAGAUGUUUAUAAAUCACUGUUGCUUCUCUGUGCAAACUUUGUGUUUUUAAAAGUAUUUAUUCUUUCUGUCUCCCGUCACUGCAGCUGUUUACACACAGAAAUGUGUAAUGUUUCUUUCUAUUUGCAUGCUAACUGUCAGCCCUUCCCCUCUUAAUAAUGUCGAUCUUUAUUUUUACUACGUGUGUUUGAAGUGAAGAGAGGUCUGCUGUAUGAACGCACGUCCAGCAAACUGGAUCGUGAGAUAUAGAUAAUAUAACAAUAAUUCUGCUCUGCAUGCUGUUUGCGUCUUUGUGACACAACGGGAGUGAAAAUGAAUGAAAGGCAACGCACAAACUGAAUGUAUGAUACGUGCCUUGAUGUGCCUUUAAGACAUUUUCACUUUGCCACACUUGAUGUUAAACAAACAGGAACUCAUGCUGAGAAUGUAAAGAUGUUUAAAGAUGUUGUGAAAAGAAAAGUAUUUAAACUGUAAUAUAUGUUUUUAAGCAACAGAGAGUGUGCGGCCAUGUUGGAGGAGAUAACCAGAGAACAGUAUAAUAAUAGUGACGCUUUGAGUUCUUUCUAUUUAACUUAGGCUGGAUGUCUGAUUUGAUAUUUUUAAUAGUUUUAGAUAUUUAAAGGGAUUUCUCACUCAGCUUUGAAAUUAGUCGGAUGAAGUUUAACGUUUCAUGCGUUUCAAGAUUUAACCUUAACCUCACUUCAGAGAUUUUCAGGAUGUUUUUCUCUCGUUGUCUUCUGACUUUUUCAACGAUGAACUAGUUCAUUAUUUAUUCCACACAGUUUUAAAACAAUAUUUGACACUUCUUGUUUUUGUGUACUAAAUCUUUUUUGUUGUAUUUUUGAAUCAACAAAAGGUGGAAGAAAACAUUUUGAGUAUUGGUCUGCAGUGUUUCUCUAACCCCCCUCAGUUUGUAGAUCAUGAACAACCCUGCUGGUUUCAAUGCAGGAGUAAUUAUUGUCUGAAGGUAUCAAAUAAUGCCAACAGAAAGAUAACUUGUAUCCGAUCAUGGCACUGACACUCUGCUAUCAGAGCAGUGUCUCUAAACAUGAACACAAAGUUACCCUCGGCACUUUCAACACUGAAAGCGAAUAGAAGAACAGAAAUAAAAGGUUAAAUUCUUCCAACAUGGCGGCACUCACUUUUCUUCUGUUGCUGAAGCUUUUAUACUGUAAAAAAAAACAACUGUUUUUGUGCAGACUGUGCUUCCUUAUUGCCUUCAUGUUAUGGUGUCUACUCAGAUUUUUGUACGGACUUCUUACAGAAUCAUUCCACAGGUUUGCUCCCAUUGUACACACACUGUGCCUGUCACUCAGUGUGCGGUCACAUGGGGGCUCAGAGACAUGAGGACCCUUCAAACUGCCAACAUCGGCCCCCUGUAGAGAAUAGCUUGUGGGCAGCAUGACUUAAACCCACGUCCACAUGUUAGAUUGUCUGCUUUGGAUGAAAUUACAGCUUUAUCCACGCUCAAAGAGAGUCCGAUUCCUUCUUUUUACUGUUCCAUAAAUACUGUACCAAUACUGAAAGAGAAAACAAAGCAAUUAUCUCAUUAAAUGUAUCUGGUUGCUGAAA